AUGGAUGUUUCAUUGUCUCAAACAAACCUCCGAAGAAAUAUGAGAGAAGCUCUCGUUGGAGGCAACCGAGAAAGACGCUGCAGUGUAAACCUCACAGACAGCACAAAGUCACUAAUUCGUCUUCUCGUUGUUCUCGUACUUGAACGUGUGGCUUUCCAUUUUAUCACCGAUACCAUCGACAGCUUUACGUAUUUCUACUUAAAUUUCUCUUUCCCGUCGUCUACAACUACAUAUCUCAUAUUUUCUGGCUCGGCUCUUCUCUUGGCUCCGUUCUUCGGUGUGUUGACUGAUCGAAAGACCGGUUGUAUGCCAACUCUCAUCACAGCUUUCGCCUUCUAUCUGAUAGGAUCAAGUCUAUUGCUGACCUGUACAAUACAAACGGUCAUUCAUUCCGGCACAAAACCAAGCGGGAGUCAUCUAAACGUUAUGAGAACAUUGUAUAUCGUUGGUCUAAUUAUUGUAACGCUCAGUCGAUCUGCUGUACGAGCGGCGUUGAUGCCUUGUAUGGUUGAACAACUGAGUGAUGGUCACGCCAAACGAAGUACUUUGAUAGCAUUCUGUAGUUGGGCAUUUGUCGGUAUCAACGUGGGCUCGGUCCUUGCCAUCGUUCCCGGCGGAUACUUGGCGAUAACGGGAGCGUUCACCAUCGACGGUCAUCUCUAUUCCAGCGGUUUCUUCUGGCUUUCUCUUGCGACAUGUUGCGUCCUCCUGCUCGCUUUCGUCAUUCUCAUAAUUUGGAGAAAGACUUACAAGUCGCCUUGCCCUCGACAAAGACUAGACGAAGCCACCGUGCCAUCCCUACCCGACAUCCUAAAAACAGCGUGUGGAUGUUACCGUGACAGCUCCAGACCUGCCUAUUACGACCCCGACGCUCUCCCGAUAAGAAACAAAGAGGACAGACUACAAUACGAAGCAAGCAUCGAGCGCAAGAAGCUAGCACUCCUCGUGCCCGCCUUGUCAACCAUGAUCGUCUUCUUUGCCAGCUACAUGCAACUGGAAGGAAGUUAUAAAGUUCAGGCUCUGCACCUCGAUCUCACGUUUACUACAGCGAAAGAAGCAUCCGGAAACUGUUCGAUCGUAAGCAACGAAGUCGUAUUUCUUAUUCGACCGUCGAUCGCACAAGCGUUAACUGCUGCCUGUGUGCUGCUCACUCUCGCAGCAGUCCCAACAGUCAUUAGACCUUGCUACGAAAAACGUUUCAAAAAGGAGCUGAAAAUGAUGACACGCAUACAAUGGGGCAUGUCUGUUUCCGUCUUAGGCUCCACGUGCGCGAUGAUAUUGGAAAUCGUUCGCUAUCACAGCACUCCGAUAAAGGCUUUUUGUCUGACAAUCGGUGGCAAGUCUUUUGUCUUUGCCUAUUCGUCCAUCUCUGCACUGUGGCAGAUACCUCAAUACUGCCUGUUGGGCAUGAGUGCCGCAUUUUGUGUCGUCGCAGCUGCAGAGUUCGUGCUCUCGCGAGCACCCAGCAGAUUUCGUUGUACAGCAUUCGGAUGCUUCUGGCUGGCAUGGGGGUUGGGUCACUAUGUUGGUCUGGCAAUCUACUAUACCAUGUCACGAGCAAAACUGUACUACAGCGAGACAAGUCACACAAAGCAAGGGACUGGCAUCGACAUUGGAGCGCUAACCAAUCAAGAAACAGAGUGCAAUCCAUGGGCAUACUAUUUUGCUUUCACGUUUCUCUCGAUUACCAAUCUAGUGGCAUUCACGUUGGUCAAGCGCAGACACCGAGACAUACAAACAAUAGACAGACCACACAGAUCUGUACAACUCACAGCCGUCUGUAUGUAG